CAGCGACCAGCUGAUCGACCGUAUCAUGCAACAUGGGUGCUCGAAUAGCUCGAACGUUCAGAAAUAUCAACAUAGAAAACAAAGCACAGAAAUAUAUUGACAAAGAUAUUCCACGGCCAGCACCGAGACAUUCAACGACAGUUGAGAAGAUUGAUACAUUUGUCAAAAGUAACCCACAUAUUGCAGAAGAAGUAAAAACAAAACAUGUGAAAUUAGAUGAAUUCUUGAAGAAAGUGAGAGUUGAGUCAACGGAAGGAGCUGUAAAGAAACUUGAGUCAGUUGACAGUACAGCGCGACCCAUGAAUGAGAGAAAACUGCCUAUGGAUACCAAAAAAGUUGACUUGAUGUCUGCAUUUGAUGCUCCAAGGGAAAUACCAGAAGGGAAGCUGUCUGUUGUCAUGGCAUUAGAAUUACUUUCCAAACAUAAGAGAAGUCCUGAGAAAUGGCCAGCAGAGCGUCUAGCUGAAGAUUUCAAUAUGGACUUAGAAACGACCAAACAUAUUAUUCAGUAUUUCAAAGUAUUUAAAGUGCACACGAUUGGACCCUCAGAAGACAUGGUAAAGGGUAUUAGGGCAUGAAUCUAGCUAAUUACAGUGAAUGCUGUGGCUGCCUGGAUAGGUCCACUCAGUGCAGUGCAGAGUCUCUGUUAUUGGCCGAGACCGAGUAACCCUGGAAUCAUGUAGUAUGUUUGCUGUAGCUAAACAAAUCGUCAAGAACUCAGGUUCAAUUAUUACCAAGCAUCAACAAGUUAGUUGGUCAGGAAGUGGUCAGCAGAGCGUCAACGAAACAACCAAAUUGCUUUGAAAUAUAAAGUUUUUUAAUUGUGAACAUCACAUGCUCUAAUUUCAUGUAAACAAACAUUAAAUAAUGUUACACUGUACGCAUUGUAUUCAUUGCAUGGUUCUCAUAUUUAAAUAGGGAAUUAAAAAACUUUGUACGAGAGAUGUAAAAAGUAUAUCCUUGGUUAUAUGACCCAGGAUAUAUAACAGUAGAGAAGAUUGACCAAGAUACUAAAUUGUAGAGGAUUUUACAGGAAAGAGUCUACCAAGGAUGGAUAAACGUGUAAUUUUUGACAAGUUUGGGAUAUUGAUUAUUCCAGAGCAAUGUACAGCAUAAUGUUUGUAGUUUCUUUGAAUUGUGUGAAGGAUUGUGCAUCAUUAGUCAUCGUGUUUUAUUUUUGCCAGAUUGCAGACUUAAUAAACAGUACUAUUUCAGAAUGUUUUCAUGUAAUUUACCUCGGUGUUCAGUCAUUGAAAGUCACAUUGACCUACUUUAAAGUGUAGUUGUGCAAUAUGAGUACUUGUACAUUACAUGGUUUAUAUUCAGUUAUUGUUACUUUUCACAAAAUAAAUCUGCAUAACCUUUUCAUAUUUUUCUGAUUAAGAUCAGUAGGAAAUAUACAAUUGUUUAUUUGAUCCGAAAUUAACAAAGUUCAAAGACCUGAUUUUGUUAUUGCUUCAAAGCAGAAACCAUGUUGAAUUGUUAGCUGCCAAUGUGACAAUGCAAUUGAACAGCAAGAAUGUGAAUGGAGAUACUCGGGGCUCUUGUGAAAUUACAAGUGGAAAAUAACAAAAGUGUACGUGCAAGUAAUAAAGAAGUAGAGAACAAAUCAAUACAAA